GGAGCUACAGUUCACAGCUUGAUUUAUAAUUAAGGCAACCAUGAAAAUCGCUAUUGCCUUUUUGCUGGUGUCGCUAAACUGCUGUCUUGGCACUGUGCCUGCAGAUAAAAAAGAUGUACCAGCCGCUCCUGUGCCAAAACAGCCCCAACCUGUUCCAAAACCAGUUCCCAAAGUGCCACAAGAAGAACCACGGCCAAUCCCAAAAGUCCCACAACAAGAACCACAACCAGUUCCAAAAGUGCCACAACAAAAUCCACAGCCAGUCCCAAAAGUGCCACAACCAGGUCCCAAUGCACCACAGCCAGUUUCAAGACUUGACUGCUUUGUAAAACUAUUAAAAAAUGAUGCCCCACUUCUCCUUGAGAAGAUAGGAACUCUGCUUUGCAAUUACAAAGUGGCACAACAAGAACAAAACAUUGCUCUGUUCAUGGAUUUCUUAAACCAAGUAAACAAUGUACUGAAACAAGUUGGCUGCUCCUUGAAUAACGUCCUUGGAAGAAAAGUGGUGAUUACUGCCCAAAAUGCAGAACAGCUGGCUGACCAAGUUGCUAUCGUCAUGUUCCAGUUUGUGGAAGACAUUAUUGCAGGAGUGAUGAAAGUAAUGGAAGACAUCCCAAUAGUCCGUGACUUUGUUAAUGAUGUUCCACUAACUCAAGACCUCAGGAAUGUUGCAUGUGGUGUCCUGGAACACAUUAUUGGAAAAAUUACAAAAAUACUGGUCCUUGUGGCAGAUAUUACAGGGGGGCUUACAAAGAUCAUUGAAGGAUUGUAAAAAAUAUACUUCAUUAAGCCAGUGAACUGUAGCACAGAAAUGCCUUCAUUACAGAAUCUUUAAACAUGAAGAAACUGUAAAACCCUUUACCUGGAACUUUGAUGUCUUCAACUUCUUGUUACUCUGCAAUAAAUCAAUUUCCUGGCA